GCAGCCAUAUGCAUGACAUAAUCUACAUUACAAGCUUUGUGCAAAUCAUGUCCAUCCUCUCUGAUAAAUUUUGGUACACAUAUCUAGUGAUACCUGCAUAUGGAGCAUAUCAAUCCUUUGGUAUCAUUAGAGGAUUUUUGUCGCAAGGUUCAGAGGGAGUCAUGGAGGAUGAGAAGUCUCGCAAGAAGAGAGAGAAGAUGGAGAAGAAGGCUUCUCGAGUAAAGUCUGUGAAGGCAAGAGCUAGAUAGUCUGACGAUCCAAAUGAACUUCCUUGCCGACAAUAGUUGCUGUGAAUUGUUACACUGUUGCAGCCAACAAUAGCAUGAUUUGCAGUCUCAAGAAUCUGGUAAGCCACUAUACCUUCGGUGAACAUCUGUUUAAAGAUUGACUUACAAGAACUGAAACGAACUUGGAGAAGUGACCAAGCUUUAUAAUAACUUGAAUUGAUUAGUGUCAGUAAUUAGUAAGUGAUCUUUGGAAGAUCUGUGAGAUCUACACUGGAACUAGAGUAUCUGAUUCUAAAUUUGAAAUACAUUCUUGAGUAAACUGAGUGAGGUUACAAGCGUCAGCGAUUAUGUUUCCUCCCUCAUUGAUGGUUAGUAGUAGAUAUGGUAUUAUUCUUUCUGUCAUUGUGUAGUGCAACCAAACGGUCCAAACCUAGCAAGUCCCCAUUGAGCAUCCCGACCCUUUCUUUGCCCAAAACCCAACACAUCUCCACCACAACCACCAUACCACAUGCAACUCGACCAUUGAUUCAUCAAUUUCACAGACAACUUCCACCCCAACAUCUGUACAAAUGAAAAAAAAAGGGGUAAUGCUAUGGGUAGAGGAGGGGUUGGCCUGAAGGAUUGGAUCUAUUAUGGGUACCUAGGGUAUGUUGUGGGCAGAGGAAUGGGCGGGAACUUUGUGGAUUAGCAUAUGGGAGACAUUCUGAAAAGGGGAGCCUGCCCUUGACUACAGGCUACAUUGGUGGAUUCUUUCAUUCAGAUGGAGAAAGAGGAAGAGAAAGUGGAGCAACUAAGUAUCAAUCGCAUUAGUCAUUCAUAAUCCAACAAGAAUACCAUGGAUCAUAGCGAUUGAUCAGAGCAGAAUGAGUCGCCAGAAGAAGAUAAAAUUCAUUUCUUUCUUCCCAUUGACCAUGGGAAAUCCUGUUUCCUCAGCCUCCUUGCUUGAUAUUUGAUACGAACUUUGAAGAAUUACAUACCAAAAAUUAGUUACUGUGGUAUCCAAGUUAACAUACCACCAAGCUCUAGUCACAGGCUCCUUGUUAGAUCCAAAUAUUGUCUUUUGUGUGAAACUGGGGUGUUGAUUUUUUGUGGGUUGGAAUAAAAGUGUAAUGGUGUUGAAGGUUGUGAUAAUUUAUCUUAUUUGGAUUGUGACAAAGGUGGAGUGGGUUUGGAUAGUGAUGGGUGGAGGAGAAGCUGCUGAUAACGGUGUUGUAGAUAAUUGGAAGAAUGGUUUCAUGUAUAAAGCCAUUUAAUUUCUUCA